AGCCUAGCAAGUUCGCAUAGCUCAUCUUUUUUCUCUUCCGCCUCUCCCCCUCCCCCCCCGCGUCACGCUUUCUCCUCCCUCCCAGUUCCUGGCUGUGUCAAGCGGCGGUCGCCACCACCACCACCAACGUGGAGAGCAGAAAGCUGCCUCCGAACGUUGGGGUGGCUUCGAACGGGCUCCGCGAGCCGAGGCGAGAGCGGUAACCGUUGGACGGUACCAACUGCCUUUCAUCGGGAAGAGACGCCCCGCCGGGCGGUACCGAUUGAGACAACCCCGCACCUGUUGGUUCUUUCUUUCAGCCGCCUCCCCGCACCCGCUCGGGGUUCUGGCGGCUCCCCCUCAGCGCGUCAGGCAGAGAAACGCCCGCCCGCCCGCAGCCGGCUCGAACCGGAGCAGCCGCCGCCGCCAUGGCCGAGACCGAGGAGAGGAGCCUGGAGGACUUCUUCGCCAAGAGGGACAAGAAGAAGCGGCGGGAGAAAGGGAGCCGUGGAGCCGCCGCUGCCGCCGCCGCAUCCUCGGCCUCCUCCGCUUCCAGCGCGCCGGGGGGAGCUCGGCCGGCCGAGGCGGGCUCUGGGGCCGCCGCCAGCACCGCCUCCUCCGCCAGGGCGGUGGUUAAGGAAGAGGAUGAAUGGAAGGAAUUCGAGCAAAAAGAAGAGAUUGACUACAGUGGGCUCAGAGUUCAUUCCAUGCAAAUCAGUGAAAAAGAAGAUGAUGAAGGUGAAAAGAGAGAAGAACCAGGUGACAACUGGGAGGAGGCUGGUGGUGGUGUAGAGAAAUCAUCUGGUCCUUGGAACAAGACUGCUCCUGUGCAAGCACCUGUUGCUGAAACUAUUGUUACAGAAACCCCUGAACCAGUGCAAUCUAGUGGUGUCUACCGACCGCCUGGUGCUAGGGAGACCAGGACACGGAAAGCACCGCAAGGACCACCAGAGAUCUAUAGUGAUACACAGUUUCCAUCAUUGCAAUCCACUGCCAAGCAUGCAGAUAGCCGAAAGGAUAAAGAAAUGGAGAAGAGCUUUGAAGUAGUAAAACACAAAAAUAGAGGUAGGGAUGAGGUCUCAAAAAACCAGGCACUUAAACUUCAGCUAGACAACCAAUAUGCUGUGCUUGGGGAUCAGUAGAGCUGCAUACAUAUUACAAUUAAGGAAUGCUUUUUUGGUAACCCUCCUACUAAGGUAACUAAACUACAGCUAAGGACUAUGAUGAACAUGCCAUCUUAUUUCUGCUGGAUCUGCUGCGGCAAGUGCAGACUACUUUGACAUAAGUGAUUGCUCUCGCACUAUGGAAGCAUAAUGUGUUACAACUUCUCCACUGGAUUUGGGGGAAAUUAAAUGGUUGAACAAGAUUCAUCAGUGUUCUUUAAUUACUCUGAAAAAGUAUCUACAGUCAGUGGUCAUUUCAAAAUCUUUUUAUGUUCAGAUACUGAGCCUUCGUAAGGGUUGACUACCUCAGACUUGCUGCACUCAUUGUGGACACCAUGUGGAUCACAACUUCUGGAAAAGAAGGUUACAACUGUUUUAGUGGCCAUCUGAAACUUGAAACCAGCUUCUCUACUGGGUUCCUGUCAGAAAUCCUGCAGAAGUCAGCCAUUUGGUUCUGAUUUGCUAUAAAUAACAAAGAUUUAAGUGACCUUAAUGAGAAACCUGUCUGGUGUCCCAUCCUGAGGAAUCCUUUCAUGUGUAACCAUAGCCUACUAGAGACUUCCUGGAGCAUACCACUUUCAAAAACUAUCAAAGUAUAGUACAGAGCUGUAGUUUGUUUACCUUUUUAGAUAGAGCUGUACUGAGGUAACCACAAAACAAAACUCAUUCCAAUACAAAAUUGGAGGGUGUAUGGGGUGGGGAUUGAUUGGGCUGUUUGCAUUAGCCAUUUUCACAGUUGUGUUCAAGCGUUUUCUUUUGUUGUUCUACAAAAAAUGCCUUCCUUGUUUCUGGUAUAAAAUUUCAGUAUACUUGAGUAAAAAUGUGAAAUGUGUUAAGAGUGACAAGCUUAUCUUGGUUUUCAUAAUUGGGUUGCUUCUCUUUCUCUGAGGGACUAAGACUUCCGUGGGCUUUGAUUUGGUACACAGCAGAAGCCUGUGCUCCCACUCUAGUCUUCAGAACAUAGUUUCAAAAAAUACAUGCAGUAUACAGGGCAGUGAUAAGUUUUUCUGUUGUAGCAAAAGUAACAGCUGUCUCCAACCAAUCCUAUCUCAUAUGAGUAAGCUGAUAAGACUCUGAAGGAAGGAUAACAUCAAACCUAGUGAGAUUUCAUUUGUUAUGGCUGCUUGCUUAAGAUCACCAUGUGAGCUUGCAAAGUGUUCAAGGCAGAAAUCCUCACUUUAAAUGGCAUUUUCUCAACUGCAGGAAGCCUAGUGACAGUGGAAGGAGUGACAACUUUGUUCAAUUUUUGUCCAUCUCUAUUGACUUAAUUUAGUGGAGAUAAAUACAAUGGCAUCUGUAUGCUAAAGCUAUAGGAUAAAUAAUACCCAGUUACUUCUAUACAAUGAAAGAGAAUCUGACAACCACCCAGACUCCCCCGGGGCAUACCAUCUGUCUUUCCCCUUGCUUCAUUUAGUUCGUUUUUAGUAUGCUAGCUAAGUGAGUAAGCACCUCUUUCCAAAUCUAGGAUUCUCCCUGUAAAUGUGAAUGCCAAGAGGAGGAGCUGCAGACUUAUUUCUUGUCCACUUCAUACUUGCCAAUGGCAAAACAAUAGAAAUUACAUGGUUAGUUUCCUUUGAUUUAACCGCUGAUGCUCUAAAGUCUGUUUCUUUUGAAGUCUGUAAGAAUCUUGCUGUUGACUUCAGUGGGAUCAGGGCUUGCCCCGGUUCUAACAAUGUGCUUGGUAUAGAACUGGCCUUAAAACCCUUGCAGAGUUAACUUUCUCAGUAAAAUUUCCAAACUAGCAGCUAUGAUUAGGUAGACUGAUCAAAAGACAAAAUUUAAAAACCUGAAGAUUUCAUUUUGAGAAUCAAAACCACUGAAAAUAGAUUUACAUAACUCAAGAGUCCAACGCUAGUAAUGUAUCUUCCCUGAAAAUAUCUCUGCCAACAGAACAUUUGUUGGUUUAUGUCACUAAAAGUUUAAGAUUGUCCUAUUUGUGGUAACUCAAUCACAUGGUAAAAACCUAAAAUACUAAAUCCCAACUUUGUUCUGACAUUUUAAAGAAGGAUAUUGGAAUUGUUAAUGCACAUGAAUCAAGUUUUUAAUAUACUGUAUGAUGGGUAGAUGAGGCUGUCCAUUGUACCUUUAUUUGAAUUCUCAGGCAUGGUUUUGGCAGUGCAAGAAAACCUGUAACAUUAAUAAAUCUAAUAAAGUGGAAAUAUACAUGGAUCCUGGAGUCAAAUGUAUCUUUACCUGCAGUCCUAGCCUACACCAUGCAGCAUUUAAAUAAAUGGAGGAUAACUGGAUAGCUUUGGGACAUAAUGGAGGUGUGCAGUCUUUAAGUUCAAAUCCAGGUCAGAAGAGCCAAAGUUAACAGCUCAUGGCAAUGUACAUAGCCUUCAUAUAGUGUGGUAGCUAGACUGAGGCCUCUGGAUGGUAUCUAAUUCAAAUCACCAUCUGCUUCUGGCCCUAACUGGUAUUCUCAGCAGUGUCCACGGGCUGAAAGGACACACACAGAUGGAUUAAGUCUUCACCUUAAAGGUGGCUCCUCUUCUUCGGAGUUUGCUGCUCCCUAUUCUGUGGAUGGAAGGAGGUCUUUAAAGACUACUUGUUAAAAGUCACACUUAAACACAACACAUGUCAUUCUAAGUUCUUGCGAGAAUAUCUUCACAAAAACAAGGCAUCUGGAAUUUUUGUAGGGACUUUUUUGAUUAAGCAGUGCAUUUAGGGAGUUUUAACAAAAGCCAGAUUAAGGCAUGUAACUUUUUUUUGUUAAGGAUGAUAUUUAGCUCAUUAUUGCAAUAAAACAAAUAUUUUGAAUCACCCUCCUUGCAGAUGUAAAAAUGACCUAAAAGUACAAUGACCUGUCUGAAAUGAGGUUUAGAUUUAUAUGGCUGUUAUAUUCCACUUUAAUUAAACAUGCUGAUAAAUGUCAUUUAAAAAUUAUGCAUGAGCUCUGAAGCCUUAUUUUAAAAUGAAAAUUCUCACCUUUACAGCAGAGGUAUAGUCAAAAUAUCAGUCAGUGGUAUCUAGUUCUAUGCAACUUCAAGUGACUUUACUUGUGUAAACACUCAUGUGGAUAACAUACAGAUUUAUGAUGUAAAAGCAUUUCUCAAUGUCUUAUGCAGAAGAGAGAUGACACAUAACUACAAAGCCAUUAGUGUAACAGAGCAUCCAAUUACACUAAAAGUGGUGCACAAGGGAAUAUUCUGGAUUUGAGUUUUUGAUGGCAGCCUAACUUUUAAGGUGAAUGAUAAAAUUGCUGAAACUGAAAAACUUUGGGAGGUGUGGGGAGGGAAAAUGUGCUUAUACUAUCUCCUGGGGCUUUCUCCAAAAUAGGAUUUCCAAAACCUCAGCUACGGGAAUAUUGGCAUCUAUGCUAAUUAAUUAUAUCAGAAAGGUGUAGAGCAGAGUUGCGAUUUAACUCAACUCUGUUACUCUAGACUUGUGUUGCUUAGUCUUAAUCCAAAAGUAAUGAAGCAAUAGCUUAAAUAGUUGCCAUGCAUGGUAUUUGAUUUCUACUAGUUAAAGCUGGCUACAAAAAAAGAGUUUAAUCAAACUUGUCCAGGGUAACUGUCAUAGAUUUUUUUUUUUAAAUGUUAUUUUUAAAUCAUUCUUUUAAGUCUUCUCUAGGGUUCUCUGACUUCAUGGGGGCUCAUUUCAUAUCUGAAUGUGUGGUCUUUGGUUUGUGGAAACUACUACACUUCCGUAUGCUGAAAUUUUUAACCCAUCUGACUUCCUUGGUCUGAUCUGAAUUUGACAGCAACAAAGACAGCAAGACUCCUGGAGGGGAGUUUGUUUACUCUUGCUAUGAAAGUCAGCAUCUCUUAAACACACACAGGAAUUCUGUAGUUAUGACUCUUUGCCUAAGUGCCAAAGCUCAAUGAUAGCAGAGUCUUUCCUUGACAUAACACAAUUUCAGGUAACACAAACAUGCUGCUAAUUGCACUCUCAAUAACUGCAUCCCUUUUCUUUGAAUAGCUCAAACUACUGAGGAGGUAAUGUACGUCAGAAAAUACCUCUUUGAUAUGUAUGAUGAUCCUGCUGAUUUAAAAAAAAGAAAUUAAAACCAGAUGUCUUUGGCCUUUUGCAAAAAAAAAAAAUUUUUUUUUUCCUGAGCACAAAAAAGAAGCAUCUUCAUUCUUUUGUGCAGACCUGUUGUAAGUCUAGCUAACUGCAGGAUGGUCAAUCUGUUUUUCCUAAAUAGACUUCUAAGGUAAGACUAGGUAUGGGCAUUUUCAUUCUAAACUGUGUUUUUGCUGAAUCAGGAUUUAAGUGAGAUGGUGGUAGAAAACAUGUUUGUAAAAUUUUAGUAAUCUUAAACAGCUGUGUCAGGCACACUACUCAAUAGUAAAAACUGAAAACAUUCUGUGUUGAGAUGAGUCAAAACUUUCAAGGAAAAUAGAAGUUAAAAAUGAAAGAUCCAAGUUUAGAAGGGGAGGUGUUAGAUUGGGUCAGCUUUAGGUAGGGAGAGGAGGAUAUUCAGUUUUAUUAGGUGUCAAAAUUGAGCACAAGACACCAUUCAGAUACAAUUUUUUUUUUAUAAAUAAAAUCUCCAAUGUUAGUUUGGAUAGGAAAGAGGUACUGCUUAUUAAGGAAGCUACUUUGUUUCUCAAGCACUAAUGUAGCUGUCGUAUAUUCAGUUUCAGACACAAUGGUACAGGAACAAUUUGAAAAGGGGCGGGAACACAAAAAUAAGGCCUGUAAGUAAUGGUUCAAAUGUUGCAUACAGGAUAGAAGAAGGAGCUUGUGUUGGAGGAGAAAUGCAAUAGCUUCCAUGCUGAAGAUUGCUAUAGAGAUUAAGAGGAGCAGUUCUCGUUGGUCAAAGGUGACCUACACCUAAAGAUUUAAAUUGAAGCAAAGAAAGUUUGAAAAUCAAUAGCGGGGGAAAGCCUCAGAAUCCAAAAAAAUACAUAUUGGAAAAUGGCCUUUGGGGUGGUUGUGGAAUUGUCAUCUGCACAAAUCUUAUAAUCUAGUCUCUAAACUACCACACCUGUUUUCAGUAAAGUAGGAUAGUGCUAAGUUGCAAGAUAAAUUAAUCUUGAAUGAAACAAUAAAAUAAUAAAGUAAGAUCUAAUUAAAACAAAAAUAGUUUCCCUCCUCCAACUUAGAUAAAAAUUGUGACACUGAUCCAAACUGUUGUGAAGAUAUCCAUCUGUAUUUUCUUUUUUUAGGAAGCAAUGUCUAAUAGUAUGUUGAUUAAAUUUUUAUAUGCAGUUGCUCAGGUACCGUAUACUACAUAUCGAGCGUAGUGAAGUUUCAGUGGGCCAUCUAACUAGAAUAUGGAUAUUCAAGGCAUUUACCAAAGUGUUAAGUCCUCAGAAAAAGAGUGGGACAUCUAGCAAUACUGACAUGGAAGAUCUGGUCCAAAAACAAGCAAGAACAAGAGCAAGAAUGGUCAAUAGUAGUUAAGGCACAGGUCUAGGAAGCAAAUCUGGGUUCUAGUCUCAGUUCUUUCACUGACAUGCUGUGGAACCUUGGGCAAAUAUUUUAACUUCACUGUUCCUCAGUCUCCCCAGCUGUAAAACAGAUAUUUCCCUACCUCACAGGGGUGUUGUGAGGCUUAAUCCAUUCUUUGUAAAGUGCUUUGAGACCAUUUGAUGGAGAUGCUGUAGCGUGCAGAGUAUACAAUGAAUUAGUCUUGUGCUGUUGAUUGUUUCAGUUAUAAGAUGACAUCUGGAUUAGUUUUCAGUACGUUAGUUCAAUACUACUUUAGGGAAAGCUUAUAUCUAUGAAAUGUAACAUGCAUUCUAUUAUAUUUAAGUAUUAUGGGAUCAUGUAACUACAAACUUAAAAUCCACACAUUCAAGGGGCAUAGUUAAGGUUGUGCAUUCAACCUUUAAUUGGCAUUUCCUGAUUUUGUGUGGUUAACUAUGCAACCCUAACAUUGUAUUAACAUAAGUUGUUUUGUUUUUGCAUGGAAUAAUUUAAAAUCAGUUUUGUCAUUUUAUAAACCCCAUGAUGGAAAUAAACUUCUGUUCACGUUGUCAUUCAA